ACAAAAUCAAAGAUAAAAAUUUGGAAUUUCAAGAGAAGAAAGAAAAAAAAAUUCAAGAAGAAUUAAGCCAAUUAACAAUGCAAGUUGUUAACUAUAUUGAAGAUAUGAUGCCGCCCCAUUUUUAA